AUGACCGGAAUGAAGAGGGGCCAUGUGUGCCGUGAGCUUACCAUCACAAUGAAACACCUGACAAGGAGGAGACAGUGGCAGCUGGCACUUGAAACCUUGCAGCAACAGCUGAACAUUUCUGGCUUUCGUUGUGACAUGCUGCUCAUGAACACUGCUCUAAGCAGCCUUGCAGCAGGCGAAGAUUGGCGGCGCUGCAUUCAAGAGUUUCAGCAAGUUCGAGCUUCCGGGUACAUGCCUGAUGCUUUUUCCACAGGUGCCUUGUUGUCAGCAACAGCGAAGUCCAAGAAGUGGAAACAGGCGCUGGUCUUGGCGGAUGAGAAGAGUGUCGAAAGCACAAACAAUUUCAUCGGUGCCUGCGAAGAAGUUUGGCCUGUGGCUUUGACCACACUUGGGCAUUGUCAAUCCCGCAGCGUGCGUUUGUCCCAUGCUACUUACCUGGCGACGACCCGCCUGUGCCGACAAGACUGGGAGCGGGCUUUGCACUUUGCUCGGCUUGAAGGCGACACAUCUCGGGCCUUUGUGGAGACCAUGAACAGCUGCUUGAGCGCCUUUGAAAACAGCAAUUCGUGGGAGGGGGCCUUGGCCCAGAUCUUCCUGAGUGAGAGUUGCGGUUUGCGGCCGGACACCAUCAGCUUUAGCUCUCUUUUGAGCACUUGUGAGAAGGGCUUGCGGUGGCGAUGGGCUCUGGAAGGCUUACAAACUACGCAAGAGAGGCACAUAUGCACGGACAGGACACUUUUGAACGCUGCCAUCAGUGCGCAAGAGAAGGGCAGUGCCUGGAUUCGUGCUAUUGCACUGACCUUGGGAAUGAGGCGCUACUUCAAUUGCGAGCCCAAUGUGAUCUCAUUUAAUGCGGCUUGCAGUGCCUGUGAAAAGGCUGCUCAAUGGAUUUGCAGUUUGCAACUCUUCAAGUGGGCAAAGGAGAAAGACCUUCAGGUUGACACGAUCAGCGCGAACGCUUUGCUCGCAACGUGCCGCGGUGCCCGACGCUGGCAAGAGGUCCUACAGCUCUUAAAAGAGCUGAGCCUCGGAAUUUUCUUGGACGACUUAGCUUUGCGCCUGGCCAUUGAGACACACCUGGAUCGCCGAGUUGGUCGUGUCGACCAAGAUACGUUGGAAUUGAUGGACCGUAUGGAUCUUCUUUGGAUUAAUGUUCUGAGUCGGAAACUGUCCAAGGGCUGGCUCGAUUUUGGUUGA